AUGUCUUCGGCUGUAGCAGAACUGGAGAAUUACCUCCAGUCCAUGCUGGCUCUGAAGCCACCGGGAGUAUCAGGAUCCAAGAUCAACAGCAUCACCACCUUGUGCAUCGCCAACAUUCAGAAUGAAUCUGUCCUCGUCCAGAAGAUCUACACCCAUUUCAAAAAGGCACCGGGCACCCACAAACUGGGCGUACUCUAUGUCGUAGACUCUGUAACUCGACAGUGGGUAGAAGCUGCACGCAAGGCUGGCCAGCCCCACGGGAGUUCUGCGCCUGACGGGACCUUCGCCGCCGGUGUCAAUCGAGUGACUGAACUGUUGCCCGUUCUCAUGACCGACAUCAUAAACAAUGCUCCACAAGAUCAAAAGGAAAAAAUCAAGAAGUUGGUUGAUAUCUGGGAGCGAGGCUACACUUUCCCUCCUCCUAUGCUCGCCUCAUUCAAGGAGAAAUUGAAUGCUCCUCAAGCUAUUGAAUCAACCACUCCCGAAGGUUCUCCUGCGCCGCAUCUCAACCCAUUGGGAGUUCCGCAACAGCCUGCCAACCCCCAGCAACCCAGGAUACAUCAAAGCUCUGCGCCUGCAGCCCCUGCGGCUCCAGCCAUUACCCAACCCGCGGCUCCACAGCCUGUCUCUUCUGCCGACACGACCUCGCAGGCACCAUCGAAUCCCAACCCCUAUGCUGUGGGUGGUGCCAUGGCCAAUCCGUUUGCAGCUUUGGGUGUUGCUCAAAAUCCUGCCCUCACUCAACCGCCGAGUCAGGGUCAGACACCGAAUCCCUUGGCCUCUGCACCAAACCCAUUGGCGGCAAUGCUGCCACAGGCUGCUGCACAACCUACUCCUGCGAUGCCGGAUCCAAAUGCCUUGUCGCAGCAGUUUCAGCUGCUCCAGAUGCUUGCUGCCCAGGGGAUCCCGCAGGAGCAGUGGGGCACCGCGCUGCAAAUUCUGAGCAUGACCAAUAACAACAUGAGUGGUAUGAAUGCUGGCCCGCUUCCUGGGUUUGGGGCAAUGCCUGGGCAGGGUGUCGGUGGCUGGGGCCGCCCGGACUCUCAGACUCGUGAUGACCGUGAUCGUGAGAGGGACUACCCUCGCUCUCCACCUGGAGGAUAUCGCCGCCGCUCCCGCUCUCCUGGCUGGGACAGACGCCGCACCGCAUCCCCACCUCGUCGCCGUGACAGCCCUGUCUAUGGAGAAUAUCACGCUGAUUCUCCUGGACGCCGGGGCGGAGACCCGCGCGAUACUCGAGGCCGUCGGGGUAAUGACUAUCGUCAACGCAGUCCUCCUGGACGACGCCGCCGUUCCCCUUCGCCCGCUCGCAAGGACCCCAACCUGCCACCGCCAGGUCCCAAACUCAUCGAAUGGGACUAUUCAAUUGGUCAGGGCAACAUCAAGGUCUUGAGUCGGACUCUCUUCGUCGGUGGUGUCACGUCCUCUGAGGCCAACUUGCGAGCACUCUUUGGCCAAUUCGGACUUGUCCAGACCUGUAUUGUCAACAUCGACAAGCGCCACGCCUUCAUCAAGAUGAUCAGCCGCCAAGAUGCCAUGAGCGCCCGCGAUGGCAUGGAAUCGUACCGGGCGGGUGAGAUGCAACUCAGGACUCGAUGGGGUGUUGGCUUCGGCCCCCGCGACUGCAGCGAUUAUCAGACUGGUAUCAGCGUAAUUCCGGUCGAGCGCCUUACUGAGGCGGACCGCAAGUGGAUGCUCACUGCCGAAUAUGGUGGAACUGGAGGACGCCCAAUUGAGUCUGGAAUGGUCGUCGAGGAACCUGAUAUCGAAAUUGGCGCCGGUGUGUCUUCCAAGGCCAUCAGCAGGCGCAUUGCGACCGACACCGGUGGCAAGCGUGGUCCCAUUUCAUCCCGCACGCAGCCCGAUCGAUUUGGCCGUCGCCAGGACCGUGAUGGUUACGGUGGAGGGUCCAGUGGCGGCCCUGGCCCCGGCCCCGGUGACCAUGACAUGCCCAACAUGAACAACCCGGCUGUUGCACCUGCCGUCCCUGCUUACGGCUUCAAUUUCCCUGGCAUGCCCAUGCUCCCGCCUGGUUUCAUGAUGGGUGGUGCUCAAGCCGGCUCAAUGCCCACUACCCAGCCGCCCCCUCCUGGUCCGGGUAGUUGA